AUGGGGCGCAGGGGGAAGGUGAGAUCUGGCAUCGGGGGAGACGAAGACGACGACCCCUGGGACAGGGAGGACUGGACUGACAAGAGGGGAAGUUUGGCCCUGAUGGCGUGCGGGGCAGUGCCCAACAUCGUCAAAUCCUCGCUCGGUCCCGUCGGUCUCGACAAGAUGCUAGUGGAUGACAUUGGUGAUGUUACAAUCACUAAUGAUGGAGCAACCAUACUGCAGAUGUUGGAAGUUGAGCACCCGGCUGCUAAGGUUCUUGUUGAGUUGGCUGAGCUCCAAGACCGUGAGGUAGGAGAUGGAACAACUUCAGUUGUCAUCAUAGCAGCAGAGUUGCUCAAGAGAGGCAAUGAUCUUGUGAAGAAUAAGAUCCAUCCAACCUCUAUAAUCAGUGGCUACAGGCUUGCUAUGCGUGAAGCCUGCAAAUAUGUUGAGGAAAAGUUGGCAGUCAAGGUAAGAAAAUGUUGUCUCCUAAGCAAAUUUCAGAAGAAUGCUGUCCCAUCCCAUGCCUAUUGUCAUACCGAUUUGAAUAUUUAUCUACAUUUUCAGUUUGAUAAACUUGGAAAAGAUUCCCUUAUCAAUUCUGCAAAAACUAGCAUGUCUUCAAAAUUGAUCACUACUGACAGUGAUUACUUUGCUGCUAUGAAAAACGCCACCUCCGCCGCCCACCCGCCCUCGGUGGAGUGCGUGUAUCCAUAUACCUUCUACUCUCUUCGGACAUAA